AUGGCAGACGGCUAUGCUCGAGUCACUGGCCGUCCACAGGCGGUCGUUGUCCAUGUGGAUGUUGGCACCCAGGCACUCGCACAUGGUAUCCACAACGCAAGCGUGGCGCGUGUUCCCGUCUUUAUCUUUGCCGGUCUUUGUCCGUAUACCGAGUCAGGCGAACUGCCUGGCUCCCGGACAGAAUAUAGUCACUGGCUGCAAGACCCUCCAGAUCAGAAGGCCAUUGUGCGCCAAUAUUGCAGAUACACCGGCGAGAUACGAAGUGGCUUGAACGUAAAGCAGAACGUUGGACGCGCCCUCCAGUUUGCCUGCAGCGCACCCAAAGGCCCUGUCUAUCUUGCCGCUGCGAGAGAGCCGCUGGCCGAGGAGAUAGAACCGUACUCUCUGCCACAAGACCAGUGGGUGCCAAUCGGUCCCAGCGCUCUGCCUGAGGAAGCGGUCCAUACUCUUGCAGAGGCACUGGUUCACGCCGAGCGUCCUCUGGUGAUUACUGGAUAUUCCGGUCGGGACCGCCGAUGCCCACCGCUGCUGGCUGCCCUUGCAGACAAAAUCCCAGGCCUUCGCGUCCACGACACUGGUGGGAGUGACAUGUGCUUCCCUUUCACGCACCCCGCUUCGCAAGGGUUCCGCCUACCUGGCUACGACGAGUGUACGCGCGAUGCGGACGUGAUCUUGAUCCUCGAUUGCGACGUGCCGUGGAUUCCUUCGCGUAACCCGCCACGAAAAGAUGCCCGGAUUUACCACAUCGAUGUUGACCCUUUGAAUCAACAUCUUCCCGUCUCCUUCUUUCCCGCUCACGGACGCUGGAAAGCUGACUGCUACACGGCUCUCGCACAGCUCCUCACGCACAUCGACGCCGACUCUGCUCUUUCCCAAGCGCUUCAACACCCCAAAUACGCUGCUCGCUGGAGAGAGCUCGCUGAAAGUCAUCGAGCUCGCCUCGAAAACAUUGCCAAGCUCCCUCGCCUGGGGGAUGAUGAGCCUCUCAAUGCCCACAACAUCAGUCGCCUCCUCAAAGAUUGUCUUCCUGAAGACACCACCUUUGUGAUUGAAGCGGUAACGUGCGCCCAGACGAUCUCAGACCAGCUGCAGUGCAGUCGGCCUGGUAGCUGGAUUAACUGUGGUGCAACUGGGAUUGGGUGGAGCAAUGGCGCGGCCCUGGGUGUGAAGAUGGCGCUCGACGACCAAGGAAAAGACCUCGAGGAGGGGAACAAGAAGAAGCCGAGCCUCGUCUGCCAGAUUGUUGGCGACGGGAGUUACAUGUGCUCUGCACCCUCGAGCGCCGCCUGGGUGGCACGGUGGCACGCCCCGCGUCAUUCGACCGAGUUAGUGUACCCCGAAGGGAUGAAUAAGGACGCCACACGCGAUGAACUGAACCUUUCUUUCGAUCCGUCUCCGAACUACUCCCAGUUAGCCAAGGCGGCGGCUGGAUCUUCCUUUGAGAGUGACGGCGGAAAGAACGAUUGGAUGCAGGGAGCCAGAGUGAAUACGGUAAAAGCGCUGCGGUCUCAGUUAGAGCAGGCUGUGACGACUGUCCGGGAACAAGGCCGAGGCUUCCUCCUGGAGGCGUUGAUGGAGCGGAGCCAUCACAGCAGUGAUGUCGGAAUUCUCAACGCAUAUGCUAUGCAAUGUGACCCGCUAGCAGACACCAGAAAUAGCAGCAGACCUCACCGCUCUUCCGGCAGCAUGAUUGACAGAAUAUAG